UGGUGGGAGAGGGAAGGGUGGGGAGGGUUAUUGGGAUCGUGGGAUGUUCCGGGUAGCACAGAGCAAUGGGCGAAAGGGCGGUUAGCUAUACGAUGCAGACUUCGCAGGUCGAGUCGUAUGGAGCCGAAUGUAUGUAAAAGGAAGAUGUGAAAUGCAAGAGGCAAGUACCGAAGUAUAUGUGGCCAGGUGGAAAGUGUGAUGUGUGAUGUGCGCUGUGUAGUGAGUGUUUGGCCGGCUGUCAAUUCGAAUUCCGGUCUGCGGUCUGCGGCGGCGGUGGCAGGCAAGCAGACAGGCUGCAGAGUAUGUUAUGUCGUAUAUGUGUCGACGAUUUGUGUGUCGGUGUGUCCGUCUGUGUGUCUGUGUGAGUGUCUGUGUGAGUGCGAGUGUGUGUGUGUUCGAUAUUGGGAAUCCGUCUCGACCGGGCUUAAAUUUUGCAGUCGGAUUCGAGGGCAGAACAGGCAGAAGAGGGGCAGGCCGAGCGAACUGGUUGGCGGGUGGAGAAGGGAGGGAGGAGGGGGGGAAGAGGAAAAAGAAAGUGUUGGCAGGACAAGCCGACACGAAGGAUUUGAAGAGAAGGAUGAGCGGAGUCUGGAUCUGGGACUAAUGGUCUCGUGUCGCAGCAGCAGACGGACGACUAGACGGAGUAACCAAGUAACCAAGUAUCUUGGGAUGUAUGUAACCACUCCGCAGACCCAUGGACGACACUUUGGAUACCAGUGGGAUCAGGACGAGCGGAGGGAGGAGGGGAGGCUGGCUCGCUGGGUGGCCGGCUGGGUGACUCGGAAAGAGUGUCCAAGUCCUCACUCACCUCCUACUUGCUUACCUGUGGAGUCGCGCGCAUUGACUUGCCCGGCUGCUGGCCGUGUCCCCAGGUCCUACACAGUACAGUCAGAACUGUCUCUGCGCCGUAACUUUGCUCGGCUGCGACUCACCCGUUUUCAUGUAUCUAAUCGCUCACUCGCCAACGGUCUCGUCACUCGUCGCUCACAGGUGUGUACAUAUCAAACAUACGACCGAGUAAGAGGAGAGUACGACAGUGCGUCUGCAAACCGGCCAGAGACGCUCGGAAGCAGGGACUUUGUUCCUUUCUUCUUCUUCUUCUUCUUCUUCUUCUUCUUCUUCUUCUUCUUCUUCUUCUUCUUCUUCUCUGCGGCGGCGGCAGACACGGCAUGGCAUGGCAUCUCUUCGCUCAUCGAUCCAUCCAACCAUCCAUCCGCACAUCGAUAUCAAUACAAACCGAGUCCACCUGGUUAGCGGGACAACAAGCAUCGCGCAACAGGGAACAAGUUGUACUCUGCGUGUUCUUUGCAUGUAUUGUAUGUACAUGGUUACCGGUAAUACUCUACUCCAGAAU